GAACCGUCUGAUCCCUGCUCGCCGCCCGCUCUGGGGGACGACCAGAGCUGUAAGGACCAGCUGGCCGGGUUGGGGGGCAUGGGCGGCGCCGGGCACAACAACCACUCCACCUCGUUAAAGGAGAAACACAAGAUUCUCCACAGACUCCUGCAGAACAGCACGUCGCCUGUGGAAUUGGCCAAGUUAACAGCCGAGGCUACGGGAAAAGACCCCAUUGGUCCAGAGUCGGCUUCGGGGGACAACAUGGCCGCCCUGGGUGAACUCUGCCCGAAACAGGAGCCUGGGAGCCCCAAAAAGAAGGACAAUGCGUUGCUUCGCUACCUGUUGGACAGGGAUGAUAACGGCAUCCUGGAUAAAGCCAUCAAGAUGGAGCCCAGCGACGGUCCAAAGCUGUCCAGCAUCAAGACGGAGAAACAGGAAGCAGGUUUCAACAUGGCCGACCAGAGCAGUGAGUUGGAGGACCUGCUGGAGGACCUGCAGAGCGGCACCCAGCAGCAGCAGCAGCUGUUUGUGGGGCAGCCACCAGUCAGAAGACCAGCCUCGUCCUCCUCCUCCUCCUCUGUGCCGCCUGGAUCCUCUGUGGACAAACAGACCAUCAUCAGCAACAUCCUGCAGAUGACAGAAAGCAGCAGCAGCAGCAGCAGCAGCCCCCCGAGCCAGCCGAGACCUUUCCCCCCUCUCCCCACCGCAACAGGCUUUAACGGUGCCAGACCAGGCCAGCCGGGUCGAGGCGCUCCUCCGGUCAGGAGCGCAUCUCUGGACGGCAGCAUCGGGCCCAACCCCAACGCUGGCAGGCCGUUUCCUCCUCAGCACAGACACAACGCCCCCUACUCCUUACUGCAGCAUCAGCAACAGCAAGGCAUGAUGGGAGCCCAUGCAGGCAUGGCCAAUCCAGGCAUGCUGAGUAAUGGGUCCAUGCGGGGCCCUAUGCAGCAGGGUUGGGGUCCCCAGGGGCCCUUAGGGGGAAACGCAGGGACGAUGAUGGGUCAGGGUGUCGGACCGGGCCGCAUGGUCCCAAACAUGAACACAGCUAUGCCCACCAGAGGCCCGCCUGGAUCCAGAGCCAUGGUCAACAUGCAGAUGAUGGGCAACGAGAUGGAGAUGGCAAGCCCCGCCUACCCUCAGCAACAAGCUCCGCCCAAUCAGACUGCACCGUGGCCAGACCGGAUGAUGUCUAUGGAUCACUAUGGAAACCAAAGCAGGCCGCCGUACGGCGUCCCCCAGGGGGAUGGGAUGGGGUGCUGCGGCACGGGGCCUGAGGGGCCGCCUGAUGAAGGAGCCCUGCUGAACCAGCUGUGCUCAGUCUUGAAGGACUUUGAGGGUCUGGAGGAGAUCGACAAGAUGCUGGGAAUCCCGACGCUGGCUGGACAGGGUCCUCUGUCAGACCACGACCAGUACCUCGGCCCCCCAGACCCGUCAGCCACCAUGAAGCCUCUCCUGUAUAAUCAACAACACUACGGCGGCCACUCCGGUUACGGCAGCAUGCCCCCUGACGGCGGCUACCACGGCCCCACAAUGGGCGGCCACAUGGUACCUCAGAGGAUGCCGCCCGCCGGUUACCCCCCGAUGAUGAGAAUGCCGGGGAGCGUGGGGCCCAGACCGGCCGGGAUGAGACCAGGGGGGCCAAAUCCGGGAGUGCCACCUCAGCCCAACAACCUGAGGCUCCAGCUGCAGCACAGACUCCAGGCACAGCUGAACCGUCAGCCGAUGGUGAACCAGAUGAGCGCAGUGUCCAACAUGAAUCUACCUCUCAGGUCUAAUGUACCAAACCAGGGAACCCUCAACGCUCAGAUGCUGGCCCAGCGUCAGCGCGAGUACCUCAGCAACCACCUGCGCCAACGGCAACAGCAGCAGCAGCACGCGCACCAGCAGCGUGCAAUGAUGAUGCGCACUCAGGGCGCCGGCGCUCCGACGCCGAUGUCCAUGGGCGGCGCCAACCCGCGGCUCCCGCAGGGCAACCCGCAGCAGUUCCCCUACCCGGCCUCCUCCAGCUACGGUACCGGCCUGCCCUCUCCUCCUCCUCACCCCAGCUCCACCAGCCCCUUCUCCUCCCCUCUCUCCCCCGGCCAUCACCUGGCUUCCCAGGGCAUGAUGGGAAAUGUUGGCGGGCAGUACGGCGGUGUUAUGAGUCCGCCGGCGCAGCACAGUGCCUACCAGUUCAGCAGUUCAGCAAUGAGCCAGCAGCAGCACCAGGACGCAGUGUCAGGCUUCCCAUGUGGGGCAGCGACCCCUCAGAGCCCCAUGCUGUCCCCCAGGAUGGGGCAGGGCCAAAGCCCCAUGCUGCAGCACAACCAGGGCCAACCCCAAAGCCAGGGCGCCAACCAGGGAGGAGCACCGGGGUACCAGCCCGGCAGCGAGCUCAACGGGUGGCACCAACCCGCCAACGUCUCCACCAGCAACAGCAUGUACCCCCAGCAGUCCCAGUCCCAGUACUCUGCACAACCCAGCGGAGGAAUGUACAACAACAACAACAACAACAACAGCAACAACAACAACAUGAACCUGGGAGUCAUGGCGAGCAACGGCGGCAACAUGAACCAGAUGUCAGCCCAGAUGAGCUCCAUGAAUACAGAGCAGGUGUGUGACAGCAUCCUGGGGCAGCUCGCAGAAAUUGACAUGUUGACACAAGAUGGUGAAGCCAAUUCGAAUUUCUGCUGACCCCGGCUACCAUUGAGAAAAGGUAACACAGGAGCUCACUGCAAAAAAAAAAAAAAAAACAACACUCAAACCUGCUCAGCUCAGCUACUGGAUCAGCUUUGAGGCGCUGAGGACACGUGAUGGAAACACGAAACAUGUUUUUGUCUCCGUCAUACCAGCCGACUCAGAGGCUCAACGAGGACAAAUAUAUAUAUAUAUAUAUAUAUAUAUAUAUAUAAAAGACAGAGUUGUAAAGUUUAGUUUGCAGGUUUGUGUGUGCGUGUGGAACUGAAACAGAUGUAAUGAUGUCACAGUUUGAGACGGGAGAGCCGAAUGGUUGACGAGCACGAAUGAAACCUCUGGAUUUUUAUCUUUAGCGGUUCUUUUUCAGAGCCGCACACGAGGACGUCGAAUGAAAAAAGGUUUAUGAAAAAAUAUUUUACAAUUAUUUAUAGUUUUGAAAGAACUUUUAGAGAUUAUUUGUACAACAUGAAGAAGAAAAAAAAUCAAGGACGUGUUUCUUUAAGAAAAUCUCCCUAAAUGGUACAUCAUGAUGUCGAUUUUAAAAUUAAUAUAUUUCAACUGCUGUAGUUACAGGGGAGCUGUAUCCCCCCAUACGAUGACUUUUUGAAUGAAGGUGAAUGUGUAUAGAUAGUGUAAAUACAAAGAUUUAUAAUACCCAAUGUUCUCCUCAGUGACAUUGUAGAGCAGCAGUUUAAGAGUCCUGCAAACAUUUCUCAGAGAGCGGAUAUUUUAUUGGUUAAACUGUACCUCAGUGGGCGGAGCUAAAAUACCUGCAAGGCUCAUCCUUUGCUGAAUCCAAUGGCAGUGAAGUUACAUGCAUGUUCUUGUAGUCUGAUGUUUUAAGAAACUUGGUGUGUCAGCGUGUUAGCUACACAUUCAGUAAGCCAUAUCUGAAAAGAGCUGUGUAACGCGCUCUCCUAGCGUAGCGUCGCCCUUUAUUUUAAGCAACUCUGAAGCGUAGACAAGCUAACUAGCCAACCCAGUUAGCUGUGUAUAACAGUCUCACGGUCUCCAUGUCUCCAAAAUAAAACACACAACUCAAAAACAUUACGAAAAGUUUAAAAUGCAAUGCACUGAUUUUUACAUUUCAAAAUGUAAGCUAAUCAACGUGCUAGCUAUCCGGCUUUUCUAGCUAGCUCCUGCCAUCUCUCUACAGGUACUUUACAUCUGAAAGCUAAGCUAAGCUAACUAGCAAACCUACUAAGCCUAGAAUCGUUAGCUUAAAGAGCAACUUGCAGGUUGGAGACCUUCCUGAAUCAGUUAGUAUGACGAUAACUUAAGAUUCAACAAAAUAUAUUAAAGACUCUUAUCAGUCACUGCUGUACUCACUUUUGUGCGUUUGCAUUAAAAACAGACGACCGCUGGACUGAAAAUGGACGCUUUUUAAUCUAAAUUGGUGCCAUUUUUUUUGUAAAACAUUUCAAAUCAACCAACCAAGGUGACGUAUUAAUGUAAAUAAAUAAAUAACCUGCAAGUUGCUCUUUAAAUCAUUCCUCUUUAUUUUCUUAUCUCUUUUCCUUUUAGACGUCAGGACGGCGAUGUUUGUACGUCAGUCAUUUGAUUUAAUUUUCGAUCCUUUUCAGAGGGAAAUGUCUAACUAUCGGAUGUGUUGAGGUGAACUUCGAUACAGACAUUCAUUUGAACACAGAAAACAUUAAUCCCUUGACUUUUCCUUUAGCACCAUCAUCAGGUUAGCCUUGUGAUUGGUGACCUGAUUCCUGCAGAACUAACACCAUUCCCAUCUGUUUCUGACUGUAUGUCAUGUCUGCAUGCUAACAUGCUAACAUGCUACAUGGUAGAACAACUGUCCUCGUGUUAAACUGACUUUAAGUCCAAACGUUUUUAAGCAGGAAGUAGAUUUAUUUGCUCCGCCCACUGACAUUUAUUAACCAAUGAGAUCUGUUCACCUCUAAAGCAGCUUUUCCUUUAAGAAACUAUACAAACAACGAAUGAAACUCUGUGUUACUUUGAUCAUUUUAAAAAAACACUUCCUGGUUGUGAUGAACCUGCAGGUCACGCUGAAGGACAAAUUCAAUGAGCGUCGUUUUGUUUGUGUGUUGGGUCUCUGUGUGGGUGAAGCUGUGACCCGCUCUGUGUACUACUGUUCAUGAAUACGAGUUAAAAGCAGAAUGUGAAGUUUUGCAUCAACGAUAAAGAAGAGCCGGCGAUCCUCGAACCCUAACAAUCCAAAGUUAUCAAAACGUUUGAACAGUUUCUUCAGAUCACUUCCAAAAGGUGCUCUCUCUCUUUUCAUGAGGUGCUGUCUCUUAUAACUAUAACUGUCCAUGAAUGUCUUGAAUCCAGAUGCUCCAAAUCUGCAUCAAACACACACUGUAACAACAAAGACGUAUACGAUGACUCCCCCCCCCCCCCCCCACCCCCCC